GAAAGAAACGCUGCUUGCUUCUGUCAAGUAAUGACAACAUAGUUUUAAGUCAAGUCAUCGGCGCAGGGUAACUGGGUAAUUUCCAAUAGCAGCUGUGGGGGGUUUAGGCAGCUUAUAUAUAGACUAGUAGUAGAGGUGACCGCGCGGUGGGCAGGACACUGGGCGUGGCCAGCAAUGACAGUGGGAGGAUCCCGCGGUGCUAAGAGCCGGCGAAAACUUGUUUUUUUUUUUUUUUUUUUAAACUGAGGGGUGCUGAAAGUUGUCCCGUGGGAUAUCGUUUCCUGUCACAGAGGGGUAGCACUUCUCUCGCCCCCCAUUGUCAUGUCCCCUUCAGAGCUGCAGGCCGGCGUGUCCUUGAAUGUUUUAGCAAAUUGUCAGUCCGACUCCGGGUCAGUGUGAUGUGUUGAGACAGUCGGUAUGGAUUGUCCGUGUCUGUCACACUCCCCCGGGGCUCCAUAGCGUAAUGCAACGGCAGACUUAUGGACUCUCUUUCUUCAGCAAUGCCAUGUACCUGGGGAAAAGUGACAAAGUCACAAUAUCCACUCUUGCCUGUUUCUGCUUCAACGCAUUGGAACAAUUGGGAGUGAAGAAACACCAACAGGUUGCCUAUUGUUCCAUUAUAACUUACUGCAACCCUCUACAUUAAUGGCAGCACAAGUGCCUCACCCUCAAAGUGUAUUGUAUUGUAAAGAUCAGCAGCACAGUGUUGUGGAGUCAUACCUGAACAUCCCACCAGAACUUUGCCCUGUGUGUUAGCUUUAACCUCUGAGUCCAUUGGCAACAAGCCAGAUGUCCUGUUUGGUUACCGGCCCUAUGAACAAGCUGCUAAGUCAUUGCAAACCUACAAACAUCCAAGUCAUUUGGAAAGAUUUAGAACUUGUACUCUCCUAAUGUCGGAGGCUUCUCUGCCUAGUAUUUAUAUCCUUAUAGGUUUACAAAGCACUACUGAUCUUGCACAGAACUUUGUGGGCAUAAUGUGCUCCAGUUUACAAUAAUCGAGAGGACUCAUCACAGGAAUCAAACCCAGCGCCCUUAGUCAAGUGCCUUAACUACUGCACAUCCUCAGAUACUCUGCUCCGCCUCAGGGACAACAUGGACUUCCUUGGGAAGAUGGUUGCUAGUAGGUACCAGCACAGCCUACAGUUAUUGAAACCUUUCCGCACUACUCGCAGAAAUCAACACCCAAUUGACAAUGCCGGCCUGUUUUCAUUUAUGACAUUGAACUGGAUUACACCACUUGCCAGGAAGGCUUACAAGCUCUCUGAACUUAAAAUGAAUGAUCUCUGGAUUUUGUCAUUUCACGAGUCAUCUGAAACUAACUGCCAAAGAUUGCAGUCUCUUUGGGAAGAAGAACUACAUAACCAUGGAAAGAGGGAAGCUUCACUAAGUAUGGUGUUGUGGCGCUUCUGUCGAACAAGAUCUUUAUUGGCUUUCUUGUCUCUGAUUAUCACUAUGGCAGCAAGCUUUAUUGGCCCUGCUAUUUUUAUUCGGGCUUUACUAGAAUAUGCAAAUACUUUAAAAUACGAUCUGCUUUAUGGGUUGAUUCUAGUAUCUGGCAUAUUUGCAGCAGAACUUGUUCGUUCUUGGUCUUUUGCUUUACAUUGGGCUAUGAAUUACAGAACUGGAGUUCGGCUAAAGGGAGCUGUUCUAGCAUUGGCUUUCAAAAAGAUGCUGAGACUUAAACAAUCAAAGGACAUUACGACUGGUGAGCUUGUUAACAUGUGCUCCAGUGAUGGUCAGCGGCUAUUUGAAGUAGCAUCGGUUGGCUGUAUGUUGGCUGCAAGUCCUGUGAUUGGUAUCAUGGGUCUGGUGUACACAGCACUUUUCCUGGGGCCUUCUGCCCUUUUAGGCUCUGCUGUAUUUAUUAUUUUUUAUCCGUUUAUGAUGCUGGCAUCAAAGCUAACAGCAUAUUUUCGAAAGAAAUGCAUUGUGGUGACAGACAGAAGAGUGAGGCUUAUGAAUGAGAUCCUAAACUGCAUAAAAUUUAUUAAAAUGUAUGCCUGGGAAAAUACCUUUAGAAAUAAAAUUCAAGACAUUAGAAGCGAAGAAAAGACAUUUUUGGAAAAAGCUGGAUAUGUGCAGAGUAUCACAUCUGGGGUAGCUCCAGUAGUUGUUGUGGUAGCCAGUAUAUGCACAUUUACUUUACACAUGGCGCUCGGAUUCAAUCUGAAUGCAGCUGAGGCUUUCACAGUGGUUACAGUUUUCAACUCAAUGACAAGUGCUCUAAAAAUGAUACCACUCGCUGUUAAAGCAGCUUCUGAAGCUUCCAUUUCUAUCUCCAGAUUCCAGAAGCUGUUUUUGAUGGAAGAGUCUGAUAUGAGCAGCAUUCAGCAACCACAAUCAAAUGAUCUCAUCAAAUUCAGUGGUGCCUACUUUACAUGGAGUCCAGAUGCCAGAUCCUCAUUAUUGGAAAAACAAAAAGAGGCAUCAGAACAUAAACAAGAGGAGCCCAAGGAAACACAGAAUCUAAUUAAUGGUCACCAUCUACGUAAUGGUGCAGAAUUAAAACAAAUAUUCAAUGGCGCCAAUGCAUCUGAAUCUAUUGUCCAUGAGCGUACAGCAGCACUUUUAAACAUCAAUUUUACUCUAAAAAAGGGUAAUCUUAUAGGAAUCUGUGGGUCUGUUGGAAGUGGAAAAUCCUCUCUAAUUCUUUCCAUAUUAGGGCAGAUGACUUUAUUAGAGGGUACAGUAACAGUUUCUGGUAGAAUUGCCUAUGCUGCCCAAGAAGCUUGGAUUUUUAAUGAAUCACUUAGAGAAAAUAUCUUGUUUGGAGAGGAAUAUAUUGAGGAAAAAUACCAGAGAAUCUUAGAAGCAUGCUGUUUGUAUCCUGACAUUGAAUCCUUACCUCAUGGAGAAUUGACAGAGAUAGGGGAACGUGGUGCUAAUCUUAGUGGAGGACAACGACAAAGGAUCAGCUUAGCCCGUGCUCUUUAUAGUGAAAGAAGUGUGGUGCUUUUGGAUGAUCCACUUAGUGCUGUGGAUGUUCAGGUUGGAGCUCAGUUGUUCAGCAAAGCUAUCAAAAAAGGCAUGAAGAACAGGAGUGUCUUGUUUAUAACGCAUCAGCUACAGUAUCUUGUGGAGUGUGAUGAGGUUCUGAUGAUAAAAAAUGGGUCUAUUGCUGAACAAGGGACACAUGAAGAACUCAUGAAAAAUCAGAGUGACUACGCGGUUUUAUUUCAGAGUAUGCAACAAGUGAACAGUAUUAAAAGAGAUGUACAAUGUUCUGCAACAAACUAUGAAAAACUUGACAGACAGGUAUCAUGUAGUGACCGUGCCAAAGUUUUUAAAGAAAGUAUAGAUCAAGAUACAAUAAGGGAACAAACUUCCAAAGAUGUUCGUGCUGAUCAGCUCACUCAAACUGAAAUGGUAAAUCAUGAUUUUAUGGUAAUGGAAGAUCUUUCAAAUGGUCAGACAACUGGUUGCGACCAGGUACAUCAGUAUGGUGAUCAAGAAGAUGAUGCUGAUGAAGAUGAAAAAGGUUCUGUUCCAAAGUCACAAGGAAAUACAAUCAACCUUGAUAAAAAUGAAGGCCAGAUCAGAGAUCUUAUGAAACCAGAGGAGAAAGGACAUGGUUCUGUACCUUGUCCAGUAUACUGGGUAUAUAUAAAAGCUGCUGGGGGAUCUCUCUUUUGUGCAUUGAAUGCUGUCCUCUUUAUAUUUACUACUGGGACUAUGGCGUUCAGUAAUUGGUGGCUUAGUUACUGGAUCAAGCAAGGAAGUGGUAACACAUCUGUUGUAACAAGCAAUGAGACUCUUCCAAGUGACAGCAUGCGCGAUAACCCUGACUUGAACUUUUACAUCUAUGUUUAUGUAUCAACCUUGGCAGCAGUCCUAGGGUUUAGAUUCAUUCGAGGAUACGUAUUUGUAAAGAGUACACUUAAAGCGUCUACAAAACUUCAUGAUCAGCUGUUUCAGAAAGUCCUUCAUAGCCCUUUGAAGCUGUUUGACACAACACCACUUGGCCGAAUCCUAAACAGAUUCACAAAAGACAUGGAUGAGGUGGAUGCCCGUCUUCCAUGCCAACUUGAGCAACUAGUACAAAAUAUGAUUCUUGUCCUCUUCUGUCUUGGAAUGAUCAGCUUUGUGUUUCCAUGGUUUCUAGUGUCUGUAUUACCACUGAGCAUUCUCUUCUUCUUAAUAAAUAAAGUAUCAAGAGUGCUAAUCCGUGAGCUGAAGCGACUGGAUAAUAUAAGUCAGUCUCCGUUCUUAUCUCAUGUUACCUCCUCUUUGCAUGGAAUAACAACAAUUCAAGCCUACAGCAAAAAUACUGACUUCAUUCUGAAGUUCCAGGAACUUUUGGAUAUCAAUCAAGUACCCUGCUUUCUUUUUAGCUGUGCCUCAAGGUGGUUAGCUGUGCGCCUUGAUCUGAUCAGUAUGAUGGUUAUCACUCUUACCUCAGUGUGUAUAGUCCUCAUGCAUGGACACAUCCCACCAGCAUAUGCAGGAUUAGCCAUAUCAUAUGCUGUACAGCUUACAGGUCUUUUCCAGUUCACUGUUCGGCUCGUCACAGAAACAGAGGCUCGAUUUACAUCAGUGGAGAGAAUAAAUCACUACAUAAAGCAUUUGGAAUCUGAAGAGCCACUCAUCGCCAAAGAAAUUACUCCACAAACCUGGCCUCAGGAAGGAGCAAUUAUGUUUGAAAAUGUUGGAAUGCGUUACCGUGAUAAGCUGCCUCUUGUGCUCAAGAAUAUUUCAUUUAGCAUUAGACCAAAAGAAAAAAUUGGAAUUGUUGGCAGAACUGGAUCAGGAAAAUCAUCUCUUGGAAUGGUAUUGUUCAGACUGGUUGACCUAGCUGGAGGAUCAAUUACUAUUGACAACUUCUGUAUCAGUACAAUUGGACUGAAAAACCUAAGAGAACAACUUUCAGUCCUUCCCCAAGAUCCUGUACUAUUUGCUGGAAGUAUCCGGUCAAAUUUGGAUCCAUUAAACCUACAUACAGAUGAAGAGAUUUGGAAUGCCUUGGAAAGAACUCAUAUGAAGCAGCAUGUGUCCAAGCUAGUAGGAAAACUUAACUAUGAAGUUUCAGAAAGUGGGAGCAACUUUUCAGUGGGGGAGCGGCAGCUUCUGUGUAUGGCACGGGCUUUACUCCGGAGCAGUAAGGUUCUGCUGUUAGAUGAGGCUACUGCGGCCAUAGAUAAUGAAACAGAUGCUCUUAUUCAAGAGACUGUUAAGGAAGCCUUUCAUGACUGCACUGUUCUUAUCAUAGCUCAUCGUCUUAACACUAUACUUCACUGUGACAGGAUAAUGGUGAUGGACAAUGGAAAGAUUGUGGAAUUUGAAAAGCCAUCAGUCUUACUGUCCAACAAGAAAUCAAGGUUUUAUGCAAUGGCAACACAAUGGCAACAACUUCAGAAAAAGGAGACAUUGCCUAUAAUGUAGAGAUCCAUAUAGACCAACUGAAAGACACCAGUAUUUUUUGCUGGUCAGCCAUCGCUGUUUUUCCAUAAUCUAUAUAAGCUUGUUCAGGUAACAGUCUGGAAUACCUGCUUCUCAUAUCCAUUUGCUCACUUGCUACAUUGCGUCAGAGGAUAAUUUGCAGCUAUUGUUGCAUUUGUCUAGAAUUCUUCCUCUUUUUGCCAUUCCUUAACCCAAUGAACUGCUAUUUUAUUAAAUGACUGCUAAUCACAAAGAGGUUUAUAAUGACAAAGAAGUCAUUCAUUUCCUUCAGUAAAGUGUUACUCAAACCAGAAUAUUGCAGGUCAUACAGUCCUGUUAUUCAAAUUAUUAUGCAAAUUAUACCUGUGGUAUAAAAACUUUUAUUUUUAGCCGACUAUUAAUAGUCAUAACAUAUUUAAAGAGAUAAAUUUAAAUUCAUUGUUGAACUCUCACAUUAACAAAACAUACACAUAAAUCACUGUGGUAUAUUUGAAAGGCAGCCUCGUUGGAUAAUUUGUGAUUCUCCAGAUAUAAGGAAGGAAUAAUAUUAAACCAGGAUUUUUGAUAUUUGCGGGAGUAUACAGAGAAGUCGAUAACUGUUUACUAAAAACAGCUACAAAUGAUACUGCUGAAACAGUUACAUAUUAAUACACUCUAGCGGUUUGCACUAUUGUAACAAAAGACUACUGAGGCUUAAACACAGAUCUGAAAAAAGCUGUAGUUUAACCUAUUACAGCUAUGAAUCAAAACAAAUACAUUGAAGGCCGUGCAAAUAUAUUUCCCUGUGCUGAGAUGAGCUUGGAUAUUCUCCUAAGAGGAUAAAACAUAGGGGCAUAUUUAUCAACACUUAAAUGGACAAUGUGCCACGAUUCACUGGAAAAGGAGCUAUGAAUUGAAAAGAGAACUGCUGCUCUACACUGAAACACUGUGGUGCCUUUUACCUUCUAAUGAACAUGCCCCUAACUCCUAUUGGACACAUGGUAAUGCUGCUGUCCUUUUUAAUGGACAAUGUUCAGAUAUAAAAAUAAUACAUAUACACUACUCCUGAAAUCGCUGUGGCCUAUUUUGUGCAAUAUAAAUAAAAUAUAGUAACAAUAUGUAAUUCAAACACAACAUAAACAUUUUCUGAAAAAACUACACAUAUCUGGAUGUACUUCCAAUAAUAAUUUUACAAAUAAUUUAAAAAUUGUAUUUUAGAUUUGCCUUUUGUUUUUACCAAUAUUUACUCAUAUUAUCAAGCUGUAUAUUACACUGUCUAGACUGGAAUGUAUAUUACACUGUCUAGGUUGAAUGGAGCUCUUUGCUGUUAAUAGAACAGUAAUGCCUAACUGUAUAUUGCUCCUCCAUGAAAGGACAUAUUAUAUAAAUUAAUUUAAUUGAUUUUCACAGCAUACUAGGAGAUAUAUAAAGCUGCACCAUAGUCAACAUAUUAGUUCUCAUUUACUAAAGUGGGACCACGUGAAAAGCAAAAACACUAUACAAUUAGGACGGGGAAAGGGGGGAGAAACUCAAAUUGAUCGAGUUUUCGACGAAAAAAAUAUUGAACCGCUCGAAUCAAUCAAGUUUUUAAGUGAAACCCACUGAAAAAACCCUGAACAUCAUGAAGGCAACAAACAUCUUCAAAUGGUUCAUGGGACCUCUG